AUGGCCAUUGAGAAAGUUUAUGUUAACAACAACACAUCCAUCAUUCAGGACGAGGUCUUGGCUCACAGACUUGGUCUCAUCCCAAUCUUCGCUGACCCUCGCUUAUUUGAAUAUGUUAGCGAAGGAGACGAAGAGGGCACUCCGAGUGAUACUAUUGUCUUUGAUUUAAAAGUAAAAUGCACAAAAAAUCCGACAGCUGACACAACAGAUCCAGACGAUCUUUACAAGAAUCACAAGAUUUACAGUCGCCACCUCAAAUGGAUCCCUAUUGGGAAUCAAUCGGAUUUGUUUAAAGAAGGCGAUAUUCGUCCUGUCGAUGAUGAUAUUCUUAUUGCAAAGCUCCGACCCGGUCAAGAACUUGACUUAAGAAUGCAUUGUGUUAAGGGAAUUGGCAAGGAUCACAUCAAGUUUUCCCCAGUAGCUACAGCUUCUUACCGUCUUCUGCCAGAAAUCACUCUUCUAGCACCAGUUCAAGGUGUAAAGGCUGAAAAACUCCAGAAGUGUUUCUCACCAGAUGUCAUUGAGAUUGACAUUGUGGAUGGUGUCAAGACUGCUCGAGUGGCCCAUCCCCGAAAGGACACUUGUAGCCGGGAAGUUCUAAGGCAUGAUGACCUGAAGGAUCUUGUACGUCUUAGCAAGAUCAGAGACCAUUUCAUUUUCUCCAUUGAAUCGACAGGAGCCCUUGCAGCCAACAUUCUUUUCUCCGAAGCAGUCAAAAUUCUCAUGAACAAAUGUCAGUCAUUCCUCAGUAAAAUAAAAACAUAA